UAUGCCGACCGCUUGGACUACCUCUUCAUGCUGCUGGGCGCGGGCGGAGCGGCCGCCAACGGCGCCGCCAUGCCUCUGUUUGCGCUCAUCUUUGGCGGGCUGGUCAACUCGUUUGGCGGCAACGAAGAUGACCCAGAUGCGCUGACGGAGCAGGUCACCAAGUACUCACUGUACUUUGUGUACCUCGGAGUGGGCGCCUUUGUGGCGGCGUACCUGCAGGUCGCCCUGUGGACCCUCACAGGCGUGCGGCAGGUGAACCGCAUGCGGGGGCAGUACCUGAAGAGCGUGCUGCGGCAGGAUGUGGGCUACUUCGACACCACAGCCACCAGCGGCCGCCUGCUGCAGGGCCUGAACGAGGACUGCCAGACCAUCCAGCUGGCCAUAGGCGACAAGGUCGGCCACGUCAUCUUCAACCUCACAACCGCGGUGGUGGGAAUCAUCAUCGCCUUCACCAAGGGUUGGGACAUGACUCUCGUGAUGCUGGCAGUCACGCCCUUCCUGGCCGGCAUGGGCUUCAUGAUUUCCGUCUUCAUGGCCCGCAACACUUCCAAGAUCAACACAGCCUACGCAGACGCCAACUCCAUCGCGCAGCAGGCCCUGGGCAACAUCCGGACUGUGUAUGCCUUCAACGGGGAGGAGCGCACGCUGGAGGCCUACUCAGCCUCCCUGCAGCCGCCGCUCAAGGUGGGCAUCCGCCAGGGCUUCCUGGGUGGCCUGGUGGUGGGCAUCACAAACGGGGUGGCCUUCUUCGCAUACGCGCUGGCGCUGUGGUACGGCAGUACACGCGUGGUGGCUGGAGCCUACAACGGCGGCGACGUGGUCAACGUUCUGUUCUCUGCGCUCAUUGGCGGCUUUGCGCUGGGGCAGGCCGCGCCCAAUGCCCAGUACUUCCAGCAGGCGAGCAGGCAGCUGCUGGGCAUGGGCCGGCGCGACUGUGGUGGGGUGCCGCUUGGCAGGGGAGCCGCGGCGCAUGCACGUGCAGGCAGGCCUGCUGGGUUGGCCCCACUGCGCUUGCCGACGUGCCGGCCACACGUCAAGGUCUUCCGCGAGUUUAACCUGACGGUGCCCGCCGGCAAGACCGUAGCAUUGGUUGGGGAGAGCGGCAGCGGCAAGUCGACCGUCAUUGGCAUCAUCGAGCGCUUCUACGAUCCGCAGGCGGGUGAGGUGCUGAUCGAUGGCGUGGACAUCAAGAAGCUGCAGCUGCGCUGGCUGCGCUCCCAGAUUGGGCUAGUCAGCCAGGAGCCCACGCUGUUUGCCACGACCAUCUCCGAGAACAUCCGCCUCGGAAAGCCAGGAUGCACCAUGGAGGAGAUUGUGGAGGCGGCCAAGUCCGCCAACGCCCACAACUUCAUCUCUGGCCUGCCCAGGGGGUACGACACCCAGGUGGGCGAGAAGGGGGUGCAGAUGUCGGGGGGCCAGAAGCAGCGCAUCGCCAUCGCGCGGGCAAUCCUCAAGGACCCCAAGAUCCUGCUGCUGGAUGAGGCCACCUCAGCGCUGGAUGCGGAGAGCGAGCACGUGGUGCAGGAUGCUCUGGACCGGCUGAUGGUGGGGCGCACCACGGUGGUGGUGGCGCACCGGCUGUCAACUGUGAUUGGCGCCGACAUGAUCGCAGUGGUGAAGCAGGGGCACAUUGUGGAGCAGGGGAGCCACGAUGAGCUCAUGGCGCUCGGCGGGGCCUACUGGACGCUGGUGCACACCCAGCAGCAGGGCGGCGGCACAGGGGACAGCGAGGAGGAGGAGGAGGAGUAUGAGGGGAUGGGCCCGCUGACCCUGCUGGCGGCUGUGCCAGAGGAUGACGCCAUUACCCCCCGCCUGUCGCGGCAGUCGGGGGAUGCCGCUGACAAGUCUGGCAGGGCAGGCGGCUUCUUCAAGAAAGCAGGCACAGUUGUGCCAGAGGCACUCGCAGAGGGCCUUCCCGCUCCAGACCCGUCCCAGAGCGCCGCCGCCCGUGGCGUCAUGCCUGGCAUGGCCCUGCAGCGCGGCAUGAGCGGCAUGCGCCGCUACAUCAGCUUCCGCCGCAAGGACACCAAGCGGCGGCGGGAGGCGGAGCAGGAGGCGGUGGACCACCGCAAGUCGACGGCCGAGGAGGAGCAGAUCAAGGUGCCCAUCAAGCGAAUCGUGGCGCUGAACAAGCCUGAGCUGCCGGCGGCGGUGACGGGCAUGCUGGGGUCGGCGGCGCUGGGCAUGAUGAUGCCGGGCUUUGCCAUCGCCUUCAGCUCCAUCCUGGAUACCUUCUACGGCCCAGUGGAAGACAUCAGCAGCGGCGCCCAGAAGUGGUCGCUCGUGUUUGUGGCCAUUGGUGUGGGCGCCAUCGUCGCGGCCAUGUUCCAGUCCUACUCUUUCAAUUACAUGGGCCAGAAGCUGGCGCUGCGCGUGCGCGUCCUCAUGUUCCGAGCCCUGCUGCGCCAGGAGGUGGGGUGGUACGAUGAGGACCGCAACAGCAGCGGCGUGCUGUCCUCCAAGCUCUCCUCCGACGCCCUGUCGGUCAAGGGGCAGUUUGGAGACACCAUGGGCCUGCUGACGCAGAACCUGGUCACCCUGAUUGGCGGCCUCAUCGUGGCAUUCACCAACGGCUGGAAGCUGAGCCUGGUGGUGGUGGCCUGCCUGCCCGUCAUGGCCUGCGGCGCCUACUUCCACACCAAGAUGCAGAUCCAGAGCGCAUCCAAGGAGGACGAUACCUUCGCCCAGGCCAACCAGACCGCCUCCGAGGCACUCACAAACAUCAAGACUAUCGCCGCCUUUGGCAUGGAGGGGCAGGUGUCGGAGCUGUAUGCCAAGAAGCUGCGGGUGCCCACCCUCGAGGCGAGGCGCCGCUCCAACACCGCAGGCGCCGGCUUUGCCUUUGGCCAGUUCUCGCUGUUUGCCACCUACUCCCUGGCCUUCUGGUACGGCGGCCAGCUGGUGGCAGACGGGGAGAGCACCUUCAAGCAAGUUAUGCUGGUGUUCUUCUCCAUCUUCCUGGCCGCCAUGGGCGCCGCCCAGGCCCAGCUCUUCUUCCCGGACGUGGCCAAGGGCAAGGCCGCCACCCAGCGCGUCUUUUCUAUCAUCGACCGCGUGCCCAAAAUCGACGCCGCUAGCAUGGAGGGCUCCCAGCCGCUGGCCGUCAGCGGGGAGGUGGAGCUUCGAGACGUCACCUUUGCCUACCCGCAGCGCCCAGAGGUCAAGGUCUUCCGCCACUUCAGCCUGCACGUGCCCCAGGGCAAGACUGUGGCGCUGGUGGGCGAGAGCGGCAGCGGCAAGUCCACCGUCGUGGCGCUGAUCGAGCGGUUUUACGAUCCGCUGGCGGGGCAGGUGCUGCUGGACGGCCGCGACAUCCGAGACCUCAACCUGCGCUGGCUGCGCGAGCAGAUUGGGCUGGUGGGGCAGGAGCCGGUGCUGUUCAACAUGACCGUCACGGAGAACAUCCGGUAUGGGCGGCCCGAUGCCAGCGAUGAGCAGGUGGAGGCGGCCGCGCGGGCGGCCAACGCCCACACCUUCAUUGCCCGCCUGCCCGAGAAGUACGGCACCAAGCUGGGCGAGGGCGGCAUCACCCUCAGCGGCGGCCAGAAGCAGCGGGUGGCCAUCGCGCGGGCCAUCGUGAAGGACCCCAAGGUGUUGCUGCUGGACGAGGCCACCUCAGCGCUGGAUGCGGAGAGCGAGAAGGUGGUGCAGGAUGCUCUGGACCGGCUGAUGGUGGGGCGCACCACCGUUGUGGUGGCGCACAGGCUCAGCACUGUGCGCGACGCCGACGUGAUUGCCGUGGUCAACCGUGGGAAGAUCAUUGAGCAGGGCCCGCACGAGGAGCUCAUGGCCCGCCCGGCCGGCGCCUACUCGCGCCUCGUGCGCCACCAGCUGACCCGCGGCGGAGCCAGCGUGCGCCUGGCGUCGCGGCGCGCGGCGUCCUUCCAGCGCCUCGCUGCCGCCGCCGGCGCGGGCGGCGACGCGCACCAGCCGUGA